CAGACCUCACACAGAGCUGGAAAACGUUCUGUGUUUUCCUGACGUCACACAUCACGUGUAUAAUCCUGGCCAAUGAGCUGGCGAGAACUAGGACGCGUCUCAAAUCGUCCUUUCCCCCUGUGUAGAGAAGUGUAGUCACAGAAAUGACCCUAAAUUCUACUGACUUGUUAUUUAGUGAAGAAAAACAACGAGUAAUGGAAUUCUAAUCUUAAAUCCACUUAAUCAUUAUUAUUAGAAAUCAUUCGAAUUAAUAAAAAGCAAGUCUUCAGUAGUACGUAAACAACUAAUCCGUUUUAAAAGCUGAUAUCAAUCCCUUGCCCGUCAUUUUUAGUUCUCAGACACGCUGCACAUUUAAAUGUAAAAAAAAACAAUCGAUGUAAUUUACUUAUUUAUUUAAACAUUAGUUUAUUUUGUGUAUUUUACCGGAUGUGUGCGCUUACAAACUCCAAAUAACGAGCAGCAAACACUUUCCUUAUUCAGGUGAAGUGUCCUGAUCUAAGGGAGAGUGAGAACGGGGGUGUUUUGAACGCAGCUAGUGACGUCACACUUCCGGGUUCCGGCACAGCUCGUGUAGUCGUUAGUUACGCGUUGUGUAUUUCUCGGUUUAUUUUAUUUAAAUAAAAAAAAAAAAACCUUUAAAACUUGACAUAUUUCAUGGACUACUAAAGUGGGCAGAUAAAAAUAAUAAUAAUAAUAAAUAAAUAAUAAAACAUGCUAUAAAUUCUCCUCCAGUGUGUUCACUGAUAACGGGGCUGCGAUGAUGAACACGCAGAGCUCAGCAGGUGUGUGUGCGCGAGCGCGAGCGCGAGCGUGUGUGUGCGUGCUGUGCGGGUUACCUGCGGUGGGGAAGUCCACACUCACACACCUCCUCUCUGAUCACCUGCACACACUCGGCUGGAGGACUUUUAUCAUCUCAUAUGAUGAGUUAAUACCUGAGGAGGCUUUUCACUUCACCACACCUGAGAGAGAGGAGGAUGAGGAUGAGGAGAAAUCUAAAGAGCAGGCGGGGUGGAAGCAGCACAGACAGGCCGUGUUGGAGUGUGUGGACAGUUUCCUGCAGGAGCUCAGCGCUGACAGACCUCACACACACACUGCAGGAGGAACAGGAAGUGUGUGUGAACACUUUAAAGAGGCCAUGGAGAAGCAGCAGAUCCUCCCAGUGUUACAGAACACACACUCCGGACCUCAGAGACUCGCCCUGCUGCUCGACGACAACUUCUACUACCACAGCAUGAGAUACGGAGUGUACCAGCUCGCCCGGAAACAUUCAGUGGGGUUCUGUGAGGUCUACCUGCACUGUCCGCUAGAAGUGUGUCUCCAUAGAAACGGGGUCAGAGGUCAGCCGGUGCCGGAUGAUGUCAUCACCGAGAUGGCCAAUCGCAUGGAGCCUCCAAACACCGUGAAGAAUCAGUGGGAGAAGAACAGUGUGACUGUGGACAACACACACACCGUUACACACACACACCUACAGGAGAUGCUGCAGGUGAUUUCUUCAGCAGUAGAAAAUCCUCUGAGUCCAGUUCAGGAUGAUUCCGAGCAGAGGGAGGCAGACAGACAGCGCUGUGCCUGCAGUGUGGUGCACCAGGUGGAUCAGGUGUGCAGGAGACUCGUCUCUCAGGCCAUGGUGACGGCGAGAGCGUGCUCGCAGAGCGGCGAGGAGAUGAAGGCGUUAGCGAGAGAACUGAGUGAGGAGAAGAGUCGCUUCCUGCAGGAACUCAGAGCUCAGGUUCUCCAGCAGCUGGGACAGGACGAGUGUGUGUGUGUGGAGCACGUGGUUAACAUCGCGACCGACACAUUUACACGCAGAACACACGUGACGAUGCAGCGGCGCGGCGUCCACUCCACAUCCAGCUCAUAAUCACACACGCAGAACAGCUUCAUUUCUAAACAAUAAAAUCAGUCAGCGUGUCUCUGCUGAGAUUCACUCACCGAACUUCACUUCACUGACCUGUAAAAAAUUACUCAUUACAAUAAACAAUUCAAUUAUUCAUUUAAAUACCUAAUCAAUGCACUUUUUAAUGACCUUUAUUAUUAAUCACAACAACAGCCUAAAAGCCCUCUUUUUUAAUUAUUAAUUACAAUAAUUAAACAAUUAUAUCAUUUAUUUAAAUACCUAAUUAAUGCACUUUUUAAUGACAUUUUUAUUAAUUACAAUAAGAGCCAAAAAAGAUUUAAAUGGUAAAUGGCGCACUUAUAUAGCGCUUUUAUCCGAAGCGCUUUACACUGUGUCUCAUUCACACACUCUCACACACACACGCACACACACCAAUGGUAGCAGAGCUGCCAUGCAAGAGCUUGCCAUCGGGAGCAACUCGGGGUUCAGUGUCUUACCCAAGGACACUUCGGCAUGUGGAGUCACGUGGAGGCAUGUGGAGGCAUGUGGAGUCAUGUGGAGUCACGUGGAGUCACGUGGAGUCACGUGGAGUCAUGUGGGCCGGGAAUGGAACCGCCAACCUUACAAUUAGUGGACAACCGGCUCUACCACCUGAUCCACAGCCGCCCAACUGAAUUGACUUUUUUUUUAUUAAUUACAAUAAGAGCCUAAAAAUACCCAAUAAAUACACUUUAAAUAAUUAAUUUUUAUUAUUAAUUACAAUAAGAGCUGAAGUGAAGCCCUAAUUGAAUUAACUUGAUUAAUAAUGUUAAUUGUUGCCUUCAUUAUGGCAUCUUCUUUAUUUUCUAACAUCAACAGUUAUUUUUAAUUAUUAUUUAUUGUGAAAUGCAAUAAAUUGUAUAUAUACACACACACACAUCCCGAUUUUUUUCCCAUCAGACAUAAUUAAAAUCAGAUUUAAAUAAAAAGACAGAAUUACAGUACACAGCUGUUAAUGUUAAUUAUAAAAUCAUAAAUGUUUGUUUCUUCGAUAUAUUUUUAAAUAAAUUU